AUGACACUCCCUUAUUCAAAACCGACUCUGCUCGUGGUAGAUGCUCCAACUGGAACCGCUGUCAAACCAGAUGAAAAGACCCCAACUCUCUUCACCCCAAUCAAGAUUCGAGGCCUAGAACUCCAAAACCGCUUCGUCGUCUCACCCAUGGGAACCUGGAGUGCUCAGGACGGCCACUUGACCGACUUUCACCUCAUGCAUCUGGGUUCGUUCGCAUUCCGAGGCGUCCCCCUGACCAUUGUCGAGUCCACGGCCGUGGCUGCCAACGGGCGGACCUCUCCUCAAGACUCUGGUCUCUGGCAAGACAGCCAGAUCGAGCCGCUAAAGCGCGUGGCUGACUUUGUCCAUGGCCAGGGCCAGAAGAUUGGUAUUCAAUUAAACCAUGCUGGUGUCAAGGCGGGCAUGAUUGCACCGAGAUUCUUGCCUAAGGGAGAACUCAAGGUGGCUACUGAGCAGGAUGGUGGAUGGCCAGACGAUGUGUGGGGACCGAGUGCGAUCCCUCACACCGAGGCACAUGUCAUGCCAAAGAGCUUGGCUCUUGAGGGAAUUGAGGCUUUGAUCCGGAGUUUCGCAGAAGCUGCUCGAAGAGCCAUCAAGGCUGGUCUUGGUAGGCAGUCUUCGGCCCACUUGAAUUCUACAACUGACAUGCAGCCAGAUUUUAUCGAGAUCCACGGGGCCCACGGCUACCUUAUCAACCAGUUCCUGUCCCCUUUGACCAACAAACGCACGGAUGAGUAUGGCGGCAGCUUCGAAAACCGUGUUCGCUUCCUCGUUCGAGUCAUCGAAGCUAUCCGGGCAGUCAUUCCUGACAGUGUCCCGCUGUCGCUCCGGAUAUCCGUAGUCGAGUGGAUGGAAUGGAGCGGUGAGCCGUCAUGGGAUCUUGACCAAUCUAUAAAGCUAGCCAAACUUCUACCCGGGCUUGGUGUCGACAUCUUGGAUGUAUCAUCAGGUGGUAACCACAAAGAUCAAAAGAUCGACGUUCAUCCCAACUACCAGCUUGACCUAGCCAGGACCAUCCGAGCUGCGUUGAGAGAAGAGCGCCUAGAUUUGCUCGUUGCCGCGGUGGGGUUUAUCCACACGCCGCAGACUGCUCACGAUGUUGUGCAGCUUGACAAGGAAGACGGCGUGCAGGCGGAUCUGGCAUUUGUAGGGAGACAGUUUCUCAAAGAACCCGAGUUUGUUCUCAAGACUGCCCAGGAGCUGGGGGUUGAGAUCCAGUGGCCGUACCAGUAUGACAUGAUUGGUUUGAACACUCACUGGGGACGAUCGUACUUUUAG